AUGUCACGAGAAAGUCCGGAGCGCCCGCUCAUGGAGCCAUUUACCCCUGAGGCUUCUGACGAUGGAUGUUUAUCAGACGGAGAAGACAUCCCCCGCCGUCUUGAGUCUGCAGCCAGGACCCUAGCCUGUCGUCUGCGUACCCCUAUCGAGAUUGACACUAUUCUCAACAGUAUCUUGCGCGUCACAAAUGCCCCCGAGGCCCCCGAGCUUGAUGAAUACCUGAGUCAAGCCCUGAAGCGGUUUUCGAAGCUGCAGCAGUCCCAGAUCGCAUCUUUUGCCCACAAGAUCUCUCAAAUUCAUGAGGAGAGUCACCAGAACGGUGAUGACGACGAUGUUGAAGCCGUUACUCCCCAUUCACAUGUGGGAUCUCCUCUUGUGGCCGAAAGUGGAAGUUCCGCGCGCUGCGGAAGAGUUGGGGAAGAGCUCGAGCGACUUGCCACGCAGGUCAACAACAACAGUUCCGGCGGUUAUUGUGAGCCUAUCAUGAACACAACACUGAUCGAGCGCCCCCGAGCGGGUAUCGCUACUAAGAGCCCGAAACCAAGUCCUUCUGGCAGUAGGUCUAGCAUCGCCACUGAUGAAACCAGCCCGGAAGAGGUUGUCUCCGAAGAACCUGAUAGCAAAGAGAGAUCGCUUGGAAAGGCGGUCUCCCCGAGAUCAACCGGCAGAGUACGACACUUCUUACUGGAUCAAUCGGUUGCCGAUUUCAUCCACGAAAGUUAUGAGCAGGUCCAGCGGCUAAGCCUGCCUGGCAACUCCCAGGACACAUACAAAGACCUCUUUGAUGCAUUACAAGCCCAGACCAAUGAGGAGCACGAAUGGUCCGACGGAUCCCAGUGGGUGGCCGUGGUUGAAGCAGGAGACAACGACCGGUGCGUGGGCAGUAUCCGCUUUGCGUUGACGGCUUGUGGGUUUGCUAAAUGGCAUCAAUCUCAAGUGAGAUGGCUUGAGCGUGCAGCGUGCAUGGACACGCAACUUGCCAUAAACGCAGUGUACGAAAGGGUUCUUGGCCAAAAGCCCAAACAGCCUGGGGCCAGCCAGGACCAGUGGAGGCGACACCGCCAAAAGCUUUCGACGUAUUGCACGCGCGGUAAGAAGUGGCUUCGAUUACUAGGUGCAUUCGGCUACGGUAUCUUACUUAAAGAUGCAUGGGGGCUGGUGAAGUCUAAGGAUACAGAGCUAGACACUCUGAUUAUAGAGUGCACCCAUCAGACACAAAAGAUGGACGUGCUGGAACUCCUAAAGGAACAGAUGUUGUUCCUCCUGAAUACGGGCAGGACGGUGCCUGACGAGUUCCGGAACCAGCUGAUGGGAAAGGGGUACCCUGACCCUAGCACAACGUUGACUACCUUUACUACAGGUAAUGAUGAGGUCGACGCCUUCUCCAAGGAAGUUCGAGGUUCAGGCAUAUCUGAUAGCCUUCUCAUUCCACAAUCUGAAUUUCGAUUCGACAUAAUUUCAUUGCAGAGGCUUGGUUCCACAACAUGGCUGAACGAUGACAUUGUGCUCGCCUGUUUGCACCUCUCAACAAAGCUUCCUUGCGUUCGCGUAGGGUUCUCGGUCCCCAUUCAUCGGGAGAAUACGCCUCGAGCUCGUCGUUCCCUAUCGCGCCCGUUUCAGAGACUUGCAAUGCAUAUCUCGGAAGAACACGAGACCGACAGCCGGUCAGAAACCAAUGCUCUCGUGUGGCUAUUCCCACUCUUCCAACGUGGGAACCAUUUUAGUCUCUUGGAGAUCGAUGAGCAGACUAGACGAAUUUGUCAUUAUGACUCUAGCAGUAUUGGAGUAAACUCUGAUGUUAAAGUAGCUUGUAACAAAGAGUUUCCCGAGUUUCAAUAUAUCGAGGAGGAAGUCAUGCGUCAGCACGAUACGCAUAGCUGCGGGCUGUUGGUAAUCAAGAAUGCUCGUGAUAGAAUGAUGGGUCGACCAGUGAGCGGAGCCUCGCAUCGUUACGACCCGGUUGAGCUAAGGGUGGAAGCUCUUCGCAUCCUACAGUCAGCAUGGAGGGAUGGUGCCUUGGUUAUUCCGCCGAUGGAUGGCACGCACAGGAAACGCAAGCCUAAACGCAAGGGCAUUGACAAGACUUACAAACGACAGAAGACGAGGAACAAGUAG